UAACAAGACAGGGACAGUGGGACACUCAUAUCUGCUCACACGAGAAGGGACUUUUCAGACCAAAGCGAUACGAAUUUUAAAUGUAAAACAUUUUGUUUAAUUAAACCAGUAGGUCUACUACAGCACCCAACUCCUAUAUCAUAUAGCUCAGUCAUAUUGGGGUAACUUGGGUGCCAAACAAACAGAGUAGUGGUGCCGCAACAGACAGAAAUGAUUCCUGAAGUAUAUGCAAUUUAUAGCGAUACAGUCUAGAGCUCCACCAUCUGGACAACUCUAAGAUCUUACACAUAAUAUCAACCACAGAAGCUAAAUGGUGACCUGUUUUGUUUUCCUUUUUUACCGUGUUAACUGUAAACUAUAGCAAGAUUGUGAAACGAUACAGCAGCACCACGGUGGCUGUCAAGACAGGUCUAUUCGUUUUUACGCACGCUCGGACGCAUUAUCACCGCCGUCCAACAGCGGAGCGUCUAGGUAAUGAUCACCACGGAUGCCAAGGAAACAACAUGUACACAGACCUUGAACAUUUCGUGGUAUGUGUGUAUCAUAAGAUAUUAAAACGAUAUCUGAUCGAUAUUUUCUGACGCAUUGCAUCUUUAAAGCUCAAGACCAGGGACAAUGCCGUCUGAGGGAAAAUCAGAUCUGGAAAGAGUGGGUGUCUUCCAGGAGAUGGGCUACAUUUCCGUCGGAGACAAAUAUACUCCUUUUAUUUACCGUCCAUUUAACGAGUCGGCGCACAAGAAUAAACAGAUGCAGACAGCAGGGCCCAAGAGAAAGUCCGGGCUACAGGCUGGGUAUUUCGAUACUCAGUUCAAAAGGAUCUUUGAGCGAGAGGCCCUCAGUGACCCUGUGAAACUAAACAGGCUGUACAGGAUCCAGCAGUCUAAAAAGAACAUAGGAAAGGCCUUCCUCCCAACAAAUGGAGAGAAAAGACCCUCAGGUGUGGGCAGUUACUAUGGCACCAUCAGUGGCCCUAUAGAGGCCAUGAGUGUCCAGCAGGUGCCCAGGAAACCCUACAAAUCACCGGGGAAGAACUUGUACACCAACCCAUCCAAGAAAGGAAGUGGUUAUGGAUAUCCCAAUAUUACCUUGUCCAAACUUGAGCUGUACUCCCCAGACCCCUAUGACAGAGCAAAGGAACUGCUUAAGAGGGAAAUGACUAACCACAAGACGAUGCUGAAAGGAGGACAGUUUCGCUUGAACCUCCACCCAAAGGACUAUUUUGACCACAAUCCCUUCAAACUGGACAAGUCACUCCCACCUCCUAAGAGGACAGAUGAGAGAAAACAUCACUUUGCUGUCCCCUUCAAACCAUCCUCUCCCAGCAAAACGAUUGGAGGUAUGAAAGGUGGGACGUUUGACACGUACCCCAGCCACUCAGCGGACCCGUAUGUGACCCGGAAGGCAAAGACACUGGCAACAAACAAGGAGGGCAAGACCUUUCGGCCAUCCCCAGGGCCCAAGAGCACUCCAGUUAAAAGCAUCAUCACAGUCAAUGUCAACAAGAUGGUGAACGCAACAAACUACAACACCAACACAAUCCCAUCUGUAAUGGCGUAUUGAUGAUCUAACAGCACUCGGGGAGAGAUAGAAUAGCUGAUUUAUUGACUGUGACUGGUGAGAUAUUGCGAAAGAGCUAGUGUUGCCAUUGCACUAUCAACAAUUCUGGUUGUCUCUGAAGGUUAUACAUUUAUAUAUCAUUUGUUGUUAAAAUAGAGAAGAAGAACAUUUUUCUGAAUGUUAAAACGUCUAUUAGAAGAUGUACUAUGAUAUGUAGCUUUUUGGUUAUUAAGCGACUGGUAGAAGGUGUAUUAUGAUAAUAUGGAUAUGUCUUUCACUUGUGAUAGAUAUAAACACUUUUGUAGUUUC